GAUAUUUGUUAAAUCUCUCUCUGGGGCUGUGUUGGGGCUCAGGACUGCCGGGUGAGGAUCGGGGCUCAGACACAAACACAAUCAGGAUGACGACUCAGGCUCUGGUGCUGCUGGUUUUGGCCUUUACAUCAGCCAGUGCAAUUCAGCGGAGAAGUCAGUUCACACGUUAUCGCUCAUGGAACUCAAAGAUGUAUCCUGUCUGGAAAGAUGGAGACGCGAGGUUCAGAAACUGUUGGUUCGGUGGUGAAGUAACAUUUGAUGUUAAAAAUGAUGCACCUACUCUGACUGGAGCAAAGACAACCUUCAAUAUUAAUCUAAAUUUCCCACCAAAUCAGACAGUGCUCACAAAUGGGCAGGUGGUCUGGGCACAGAACUGCACCAUCAAUGGACAACAGUAUCAGCAGGGUCAGGCCGUGUAUCCAGACCAGGACACUCCGCAGGUGGGACUUUUCCCAGACGGCUCACGGUUCACCAGGAGCCAAGAGAAGAAACCUCACUAUGUGUUUGUGUGGAAGACGUGGGGACGUUAUUGGCAGGUGGCAGACGGCCCGUCCUCCUCCCUCACCAUUGGUACAGACAAUGUCCCCCUGGGCUCCUACAACAUGGAGGUUGUCAUCUACCACUGCCGGGGCAAAAACAAGUUCAUCCCUCUUGGCUAUGCCUCCUCAGUCUUCAUUGUCACAGACCAGGUUCCCUUCAGUUUAUCCCUCAGCCAAGUCAAUGAUAUAAACCAGGACGACCAGAACUUCAUCCAGAACCGAGCCAUUGCUUUUAGUGUCAAUCUCCACGAUCCCAGUCAGUAUCUCAGCACCGCAGACAUCAGCUUCAGCUGGGACUUUGGCGACAGCUCCGGGACUCUGAUCUCCAGAGAGCGCACAGUCACACACACGUUCCUCACUGUUGGAACCUUCAAACCUCAGGUGGUCCUGAUGGCAACCAUUUCCAACGGAUGCGCAAAUCCCACUGCUGUGGCUACAAUUGAUGCCUCUGCUGUUCCAGCUGAUGGAGGAGAUGUGAUCGCUCUGGAUGUUCCUGCUUCUGAUGCCACUCCACAAGCUGCAAAUACAGAAGAUGCAGCAGCAACUGAUAAUACAGACGCGGAGGCAGCAGAGGUUGCCUCAGUGGCACCUGCAGGAGUUGAUGCAGCUGUUGUUCCAGAAGAACAAGAUCCUGCAAACACUGUUGCUCCUGCUGCAGAAGUAGAAGUCACAGCAGAAGAAACAGAUGCUACAGCAGAAGAAGCUGAAACCACUGACCCUGUAGCUGAAGAGCCAGCAGAUGCUGAUGUAGCCGUUGCAGGUGAAGCCGUAGUGGUGACAGAUGCAGCUGAAGAAGACGUGCCUGUGGUUGAUGCUGCUGUUGCUUCAGUUGCUCCUGUUGCAGUUGAGGUUGCCGCCGGUGUCACUGUUGCUCCUGUGGCAGAGGAACCUGUAGAGCAAGAGGCUGAAGUUGUGGCAACUGCUGCUGCUGCUGUUGAUGCUGCUGCCAUUGAUGCUGCUGCUGCUGAUGCUGUUGAUACUGUUGCUGUUGAUGCUGUUGAUACUGCUGCUGUUGAUGCCGUUGAUACUGCUGCUGUUGAUGCUGCUGCUGCCGUGGAUGCCGUUGAUGCCGUUGAUACUGCUGCUGUUGAUGCUGCAGCUGAUGCUGUUGACGCUGCUGCUGCUGAUGCUGUUGAUGCCGUUGACGCUGCUGCUGCUGCUGUUGAUGGUGCUGCUGAUGCAAUUGAUGGUGCUGCUGAUGCAGUUGAUGCUGCUGCAGCUGAUGUUGUUGAUGCUGAUGCAGAGGUUGUCCAAGCUGAAACAGAAGCCCCUGCUGAUAAUGUCGUUGCUCCAGUUGCCACUGAGGCCACAGCCGUAGAGGAAACAGCACCGGCUGAUACUGAGGCUGAAGUGCAGGAAACUGAGAAUGAAGUUGUGGCCACUGCAGCUGCAGCAGAGCAAGCAGCUGAAGGUGAAGGUGAAGUUCAAGCUGAGGUGGAAGCAGAUCCAGCACAAAUUGCCCUUGUUGUGGCUAAAAGACAAGCCCCAGAACUGACAGCUGACUGCAUGGUGUACCGUUAUGGCUCCCUGGCAGCCACUGUAGAUGUCGUUCAGGGUAUUGAAAGCGUAGAGAUUGUGCAGGUGACCAACGUUGUGGCAGUGGCGACUGAAUUAAAUCAAAAUGCUGUGGAUGUCACCAUUUCCUGUCAGGGAAGCCUUCCAAGUGAGGUCUGCACAGUCAUUUCAGAUGCUGACUGUAUCACACCAGUAGAAACUGUGUGUAACAUAGCUACACCCUCUCCAGACUGUCAGAUGGUCCUCCGUCAAUUCUUCAAUGACUCUGGAGUAUUUUGCCUCAAUGUCUCCUUGACCAAUGAUGUCAGUCUGGCUGUGGCAAGUGCUAGAGUCAGUGUAACAGUAGCCUCUGGUGGUUCCCCAGCUGGAACAGCUGCUACAGUACUGGGUGUUAUGGUCCUCGCCUGCGUCGUCUGUUGUAUUGGUUUAAUGUACAGACGGUCUAAGCAGUACCAGCCACUGACAGAGGACCACGUUGUCAAUAAUGGAGGCAGCUCAGCCGUAACAUCAGUGCCUUUGUUGUUGUGGAACUUGCUGAGCCGACAGUCACCGGGGGAAAGUCGUCCACUGCUUCAGGGGAGACUCGUGUGAAUAUCAUCAGCAGCUUAAGCACUCAACAUCAACAUCGACAGCAUUCAUUACCAUAUCAGCUUUAAUCAUAUACUGUAUAUUGUAACUCCCAGACAUCCGAUUUAAGCCACGUCCACUUUUGUGAAACCGCCCCAUAUGCAACAUUUGUACAAAAAAGAGGAAUUUGAAAUGUUGUAGACAGAAGUUAUUUAUUUUGACACGAAUAGUUGAUAGAAGCCACAACUGUGAUUUGUGGCCAAUUUAUACUAAACUAAUUAGAAAAUCAUGAUAAGCACAAUUCAGUUUAAUUUCUUUACCGUGUAAUUUAAAUUAUGUGCACUAAACAAUACUAUUACCUUUGGCACCCUGAAAUAAAUAAAACACAACUUCGUCA